UUUGCGUGAUUUAUGCCAUUUUUAUUCAUUACAUUUAAGCCACAUUUUGGUAUUUUCUUUUAAUUUUAGAAAGAAUUUGUACUCUGUUGUGUAAAUUUACUUGUCGUUUGAUGGGUUAGGGAUCCACCAUUGUGUCAUUCCCCAGUUUUGUGAAUGUUUGAUGUAUAGUUUCUUUGAAUCUACCGUAUAAUUGGUUGAAGUGGACUGAAAAUUUAUCUUGUCGAGUCUUCUUGUUAAAAUGACAGAUGAAAUUGUUAGUUCUUUGUCUUAACUUCCGCAAGAUCCAAAGUAUGGUACCUUCAAAUCUUGUCUUUUUCCUUGGAAUUAUGUAUUUUACAACUAAUGAACAUUUUACAACUAAUGAACAUGUUACCUGAAUAUAUUAGCUCUUUCCUGAUUAUACUUUUGUUGAUUAAGGCGCUAUGAAGGAUAAACUUAAUGAUCCUGACACUGAUAACAGCAUUGUUGUCUCCUACUAAGAUAAAGGUUUGGUAGGGAGAGGAAUACCAAUUAGAGAGAGGAGCACAAUUUAUGAGAUCUAAAAAAAAUUGUUGUGAAUGCUGGCGAAACAUCAAUGGCAAAUUGCAGAUAGUAGGCCAAAGCUCGUUGCUGGUUCGCCGGAAGGGUAUUCCGGUCAUAUUGAUGGGCGUUCACGAGAAGCAAGGUUGAACCAUCCAAAGGGAUUUACAGUGGACGAUAGAGGAAAUAUUUAUGUAGCAGACACUUUGAACUUGGCGAUCAGAAAAAUCAGUGAUACGGGGGUUACAACCAUCGCUGGAGGAAAGUCCAACAGGGGAGGACAUGUAGAUGGACCGAGCCAAGAUGCAAAAUUUUCGAAUGAUUUCGACGUUCUUUAUGUUGGUAGUAGCUGCUCCCUUCUAAUCAUUGAUAGAGGAAACCAGGCAAUCCGAGAGAUCCAGCUUAAUUUCGAAGACUGUGCUUACCAAUAUGAAACUGGCUUUCCUCUAGGAGUUGCAGUGCUUCUCGCCGCUGCUUUCUUUGGUUACAUGCUUGCUUUGCUUCAGCGCCGAGUUGGAGGGAUUGUGUCAUCCGAAGAUGGACCUCAAACUCCGAUUCAAGCAAGCAUGCCUCCAUACCAAAAACCAAUGAAAUCAUCUCUAAGACCACCGCUAAUCCCAACCAACGACGAUGAAGCAGAGAGACUGGAACACGAAGAAGGCUUCUUUUCCUCAAUAGGAAGGCUUCUCGGCGGAGCCAGAUCAUCAGCAACAGAAAUUUUCCGUGCAAUAUUCAGAAAAAAACCAGCAGUAAAUCUAUAUCAGCAGCAGAAGUUGAGGGCAACAAAAACUUGGCCAGUGCAAGAUAGCUUUGUCAUCCCAGACGAUGAACUGCCGCCCCCGUUGGAGGUAAGAACUCCAACCCCGAAAAAGAACUACGCUUUCAUGUCAAAAGAGCCAGAAAAGUUGCACCAUAUUAGGCAUGGAAGGGCUUAUUUAAACAGCUGGGAAGGCGAUUCACAGCAGCAGAAGCCGCUGCAGCAGCAAAUGUACCAUCAGCAGCAGCACCUACAGCAGCAUAAGCAGUAUUCAUCCGGUCCGCGAACUUUUUAUGAGCAAAGCUGUGAAACUACAAAUGAGAUUGUUUUUGGAGCAGUUCAAGAGUUGGAUAGCAAGCGACGGACGGUUGAGAUCAAGGCUGUGAAUUAUGGGGAUACCGUGUAUGAGCAGUAUGGCCUGCGUUACCGGAACAAUUACAUGGGCUGUAGUAAUAACUAUUAGAUCGGUAUUUUUAUCGUCUUUAUUUUGUUCCUUACAUGAUAAAUUCACUGUUUUUUGACAAUUUCAUAUCCUUUUGCCCGAUGUCUAUAAAAUAGCGGGAAGUAGUAAUUUCUGGAUUU